UUUGAACAUAAAUACGUCAUUAAGUUAUUAAUCAAACAUGAUUUAAUUAAUCACCGUUCCAUCUCUUAAAACAAGGGGCCUACCGUAAAUCACUAAUCUCACUCUCUUGAACGAUUCUCCAACACACACAUGUCACUCCCCUCUUUAACUAUAUAAACUUAGUGAAGCAAGAAAGAUAAAGCUAAGAAAACCAAAAAAAUUAUCUGUAACAAUGGCUAUCAACAGAAUCGCGAUUGGAACGCCGGGAGAAGCUAGUCGCCCCGAUGCGAUUAGAGCUGCUUUCGCGGAGUUUUUCUCCAUGGUUAUAUUCGUUUUCGCGGGUCAAGGCUCUGGGAUGGCUUAUGGGAAGCUAACAGGAGAUGGUCCAGCCACACCUUCGGGUCUUGUGGCCGCGUCUUUGUCACAUGCGUUUGCGUUGUUCGUUGCGGUUUCCGUUGGAGCAAACGUUUCAGGUGGCCAUGUGAAUCCCGCGGUUACGUUCGGAGCUUUUAUAGGCGGAAACAUUACCUUGUUAAGAGCUAUUCUUUAUUGGAUCGCUCAGUUACUCGGUGCAGUUGUAGCUUGCUUGUUGCUUAAGGUAAGCACAGGCGGUAUGGAAACGUCAGCUUUUUCGUUAUCCUAUGGAGUCACACCGUGGAAUGCCGUAAUUUUCGAGAUUGUGAUGACGUUUGGGUUAGUUUACACGGUUUACGCAACUGCCGUGGAUCCCAAGAAAGGUGAUAUUGGAAUCAUUGCUCCUUUAGCGAUUGGGUUAAUCGUUGGAGCUAAUAUUCUCGUCGGUGGUGCGUUCGACGGAGCCUCCAUGAACCCUGCGGUUUCGUUUGGUCCCGCCGUGGUUAGCUGGACGUGGACGAAUCAUUGGGUCUAUUGGGUUGGUCCUUUUAUCGGUGCAGGCAUUGCAGCUAUUGUUUAUGACACUAUCUUUAUCAGUAGUAAUGGGCAUGAACCACUUCCUUCUAAUGAUUUCUAAGUUAGGGUUUUAAAUCUCCUGGUGUGCCCUACCAAAGGGUAUUGUGAGAGAUAUUGAUGUUAUUAUUCUCUCAUGUGUCUUUUCUAAUGUUUUUUUUUAGUUGUGUGGCUGAAAUGUUGAUUCUACUACAUACAGUAUGUUGUUUUUAAGUGAUUAAUAAAUCGAUUG